AUGAGCGAACCAUCUCCACAACAAGUUUCGUCUUCUACACCCAACUUGGAGAGAGCAGAAAGAACCACUUGUUGCUAUUUGUCAUCAUCAAGCACACAAUUCUGUGAAAUUUAUAUCAUGAGACAUGGAGAGACUGAUUGGAAUCAACAAGGUAUCUUCCAAGGACACACCGAUAUUCCACUCAAUGCACAAGGAGAAGAACAAGCACUCUCUCUCCGAUCCAUCUUUCAACACAUUCCCUUCUCGUGUGUCUACACUUCGGAUUUAAUGAGAGCAAAACGAACAGCGAAAAUUGUUGUGAGCUCAUCACCUCUUCAUGAAAAUGUCAAAAUUUAUGAACAUUCAAAACUCCGAGAACGUUGCAUGGCUUCUUGGGAAGGAAAGAGUAUAGCCGAUUGGAGACAAUAUAUUUCACAACUCUCGACCACUCCCAAUCGCGAAUCGACUCAGGAACAAGUGUUAAAUUUUAAAUGGGACUCUGGAGUAGAAAGUUACGGACAAGCAUUUUCACGAUUACGUUCAUUCAUUGAGGAAAUUGUUCACAAUCAUUGGGGACAAACUAUCUUGCUGUCCACUCAUGGGGGAAUACUUGGAAGCGUCUUGUAUUCAUUAAACUUUCAAAUGGGGCGAAAAUGGAGAGUUUCAAAUUGUGCAUGGAUCAAAAUUAGAGUUUCGAGUAACUUGGAAUUUUCAGUGUUAGAUCAUCAUGGGGUGGAGUUGGAGUCGUAUCCUCAUCAUCAUUGA